CUGAGUUUUUAUUGGUCGACUGUAGAAUGACCUCGACUCAUCGCCAAUGACCUUUCGCCAUUGCCGGUAUCUCACACUGCACGAAGAAGUGCUCAAUUCACUCCAAAAAUACCAGCUAAAUAAUUACAAUACCACAACAUGGCUGAUAUCAAGGAAGUACUCGAAAACUACAAGACGGCACCUUUUGAUGCCCGCUUCCCCAACACAAACCAGACCAAGAACUGCUGGCAGAACUAUGUGGAUUUCCAUCGGUGCCAGAAGAUGAAGGGUGAGGACUAUGAGCCAUGUGAAUACUUCAAGAGAGUCUACAAGUCAUUAUGUCCAAUUGCCUGGGCGGAGAACUGGGAUUCUCAGAGGGAAGAGGGAACGUUUGCAUCCAAGAUUUGAUGUGCAACAUGGCCUGUAGAUACCGUCAGAUGUUUAUAUUCUACUAGACUUUAGCACCUGUGUUCCAUGUACCUCCCAGUCAAAAUGAAGAACAUUUUCAUCAUAUCUUAAUAAUCAAACUGCAAAGAAUCUCAUGAAAUGGACUGUUUAAUUCAAGAACAUGCUAUGUGCAUACAUGUCAUUCCUAAACAUGACUCCAUACAAUAUUUGACCUUGGUUUCACCUUCAUGACAAUAUUUUGACACUCCAAUGAGUAGUCUUGAUUAAAUGCAAUACAUAUUGUGAAUUGUUAUUUAGAGCCUCAUGAGCUUUACAAAAUUGAGUGAAGUUUAUUUCAAUGCAAUAGUGAUAUUGUGUACAAGAUGAAGUGGAGUUAUGAUGGUAGUAGAUUUCUAAAAUUGGUUUUUAUUCCAAGAGCAUUUUCCUUCGCUCACCCAAGAAUAUGGAGUACAUCUGAAAUUAGAGACAUUGCUUUUUUGGUUGCAAUAGUGUAAAUACUAUCUGACCAACUGUUCUUCACUACUUCAGCCUCAGGUGUGUUGUGCUUACUGUGGAUUCUAAUUAAUUAAAUUAUCGUAAGAGUUGAUGAAACAUGAGAGUUUGAAACUGAUAUAUGAAUAAAUUUUAAACUCUUGAAAGAAA